AGGCCGCCAGGCCCCACCCGCGGGGCGCUCCUGCUGGACCUGGCCGUCGGGCGCUGUCAACCCGCUGAGCAGUGUGUUCCGGCUGGCACGUGGCCCGGGCGGGGCUCAGGAUUGGUUCAAGCCUACGGUGUUGGUCCCCGGAGAGUCUAGGGAGACAAGCAAUCCCCUGGAAUGAUCAGACCUUCCAGCUCCCUGGACCUGACCUUCCAGCUGCCUCUUAUGUACUUGUCUGUUGGGGGCUUGUGUUGAUCAGGAGUGAAUUCACAGUCUACCAUGAAUUGGAAGGUUCUUGAGCACGUGCCCCUGCUGCUGUAUAUCUUGGCAGCAAAAACAUUAAUUCUCUGCCUGGCAUUUGCUGGAGUGAAAAUAUACCAAAGAAAAAGGUUGGAAGCAAAACAACAAAAACUAGAGGCUGAAAGGAAGAAGCAAUCAGAGAAAAAAGAUAACUGAAGAUUCUGCCAUGUAAAUGUCAGCUUGAGUGGACUCCAGCUGAGAAGAAAGAGAAGAAAGACUUAAUUAUUGAAUAAUUUGUUAGAGGAUAAACUCCCAACCUAGACCUUUAACUUAAAAUAGUGUGAAUUUGUAUAUGUUUUUAAAAGAACCAGUACUGGCCGGGUAUGCUGGCUCUUACCUGAAAUCCCAGCACUUUGGGAGGCCAAGGCGAGUGGAUCACCUGAGAUUGGGAGUUUGAGACCAGCCUGGCCAACAUGGUAAAAUCCUGUCUCUACUAAAAAUAUAAAAAUUAGCCAGGUGUAGUGGCGCACGUCUGUAAUCCCAGCUACUCGGGAGGCUGAGGCAGGAGAAUUGCUUGAAUCCGGGAGGUGGAGGUUGCAAUGAGCCUAGAUUGUGCCACUGCACUCCAGCCUGGGCAACAGAACGACUGCAUCUCAAAAAAAAAAAAAGUAAAAUUAAAAUUAAAAAAAAGAAUAACCAGUAUUUUGUUUACUAAAAUAAAAUGCCUUUGUAAAAAAAGGAGUUGUGGCCUUUGGAAUAAGUCAAAUUGUAUAUCUCUUUCUCUUUCUCUUACACAGCACCCUCCACCCCAUGUUGUAAAGGGGGGGUUUUGUAAACCUACACCUCCCCCACCAUCUCAAGCUGGGGGGUCCCAGGUGAGAGGCUUCCAUAGAGGACAAGGUGGUGCAGAAACAUCUGCUGUGGGAGUGGGGUCCCCAGCACUGGGUGCUUCGGCCAGCUACCCCCGACCCCAGGCCCCCUCAUAGGCUGCCCUCCCGUACCCUCCUUUCUUGUCUUUUCCUCCUACAGCUGCUACACCCCUGUGAGAGUGUUUUGGAGUGUUUUCAUUGUUAGGGUGGAGGGAGGCUGUGUGCGUCCAGGAAAGGUGACUCCUGUGUUAACCAUGAGGGUCCUCGCAGGGAGGAAUCGUGGGAGCCCUAGGGUGUGUUUUGUCCUCUCCUCACCUGUUUGCUCCUUGGGAUUUGCUGAUGAGAAAUGAAGGGUAGGGCACCCUAGGAGCCACUGGAACCAAGGGCAGGGAGGAUGGGAAGAUGUUUUACUCAGCACCUAACACACGUAGAUCCCUGUGACAAGAGCUCAUGCUCUCCCACUUCUCGCAAGACUGUGCGAUGGGGAGUGAGGUAGCAGCAGCCGGCACUGGAAGCAGGGCGGCGUGUUUGGUCUGGUUGCUGACGGCUGCAUGGGAAACUUGCAGGAGUAUAUGUUAGUAAACGUCUCCCCGUCCUGGUCCAGUUUGUGUCGAACAUUGCGUUUUCCAUGUGGGGAGUCAGGGGAGUUCCAUCUUAAAUUGCACUGUGCUUGCUGGAUGCUCUUCAGCACAAUUUAGGAAGCAGGAAAGAAUUCACAAAGUUCUGAGGACAGACAGACCCUGGCCCUACAAGCUGCAGUGCUCACCAUAGUCAAAGUGGACUUUCAUGUAAGCCCAGACCUCAUUCUCUCUGAAGGAGGCCACUCCAGCCUUUGCCAGGAGCCCUGGUGACUUUAUUCUGCCUAAUCCUGCUGCGGCCUGGGGUCCUGUUAGAACAUGAAUGGAAAACUACAGCAGAGGUGGGAUGCCCUUGGAUUUCUGCUAUCCCCACACUUCCUUGACAUGCUCAGAUGGGGCCUAGAACUGACCCUGGGCAGUGGCCUACCAUCCUCCCUUUGUCAGGGCCUCCCUGCACCCUGGCAGAUUACCCCACCCUGGCGCAUGUUCCUGCCCCAGGGGCCUGGCCUCUGCUACCCACCCUGCAGGUGUAGGGCAUCACCUGCUCCUGCCUUGCCUGGCAUCAGACCUACUACCUUGGCACCACUUCCUCCCUCAUACCCACCCACCUGUGUGCCUCAUAAGUCCAAGGCGGGGGAUCUGCUGACCAGUAGACACUCAUGUGCUAAACACAAGUGCUUUUCUAGGCUUUGGGAUUUAAAGCUACACUUUGGAAUUUGUGGAAGAUCUGGCCAUCUUGGAAAAUUAGGUAGAAGAAGACAUAACGACUGGACUAAACCACUGAUCAUCCCAACGGUGCCCAUGUCUUUUCUGUUUUUUGUUUUUGUUUUUGUUUUUUUAGAGAUGAGGACGUGCUGUGUCCCCCAGGUUGGAAUGCAAUGGUACAAUCAUAGCUCACUGCAGCCUUGAACUCCUGGGCUCAAGCGAUCUUCCCACCUCAGCCUCCCGAGUAGCUGGGACUAGGCCCUGCUAAUUUGUUUAUUUUUAGUAGAGACAAGGGUCACACUGUACUGCCCAGGCUGGGUGUAGGUUUUUUCUGAAGAGCAUUUGGGAGUUUUGGUUUUUGCUUGGUUACUUUUCCUAUACACCCUUCUACCACUAGGGGGAGAUGAUUAAUCACUAAUUGAAGGGAUUUUGUUCGUUUUUUAUGUUUUGGGUUUUUUUGUUUGUUUCAAUAAAGAAAGAGUUUAAUUGCAGUAAGGCAGGCCACACAGGAGAUGGAGUUCUUAUUCAAAUCGGUCUCUCUGAAGGCUCAGGGUUUUCAAGGCGGAGUUCUUGCUAUCAUUCCACUCCUUAGGUACAUGAAGUUGGUAGAUGUGUAGUUUGAUGUUAGAUUAUUGGUUGGAUGCAUGCACCGCUGGUUGUAGAGACCGGUAAAGCCCACUAGCAGGACCCCACCUGGACCACAGCAAUCCUGCAACCUGCUGGACCAUGACCGAGAACAAACACAAGGGACCUGAAAUGCGUUGCAAAGACCAGAAGCCGACAUCCACAUUCUCCACCCACGGAGAGCCCCAGAGUCCCUCAUGCACAGCCUGCUUGAUCUAUUUUACACACAUUCGCAACAGGUUUGGUUUUCAAGCUUACAACAUAUUAGAAACAGAAAGGAAGAAAGGCUGUCAGCAGCAGAAAUACCUUUGAGCAAGAGGGACGGUCUUUGAGAAGCAGACUUGAUAACUCACCGUGCGCUCUUCAUGCACCAGACACUGCAGCAGCCACAGCGUCCCACAUGGGAUGCCACACGUGAUGAUGUUAUGUUCAUCGUGAUGACCUCAGGCAUGAAGAAGAGGUUCAGCCAUUUCACACAGUCUGUUUAACACAGACGUACAUGAGAAUCUCAGAAACCAAAUAAUUCAAACAAAGAGUCUGGGAUUCUUUCAAAAGGGUUGCCUCUCCCUCUGAUCGGUGGGAGGGAGAGGGGCUGUGGGUGUUAGUGAUGGGGAAGGCCAGAGAGGCUGGGAUGUUCCAUCAGCCAACCACUCAGAAGGAGAAUAGUGCCACCAACAUCAGGAGCUCUCUUCUAGUGGACAUAUCUAGAGAUAUGUGGCUCAGCCCUGCGUUGCUGCGUGUGGUCACCCGCUCUUAACUAAAUACAGUACUCUAAAUAUGGCUGCUCCCAAAGAGACUGUGGGCUGUCCUCACCAGCCAUCCUGUCCCACCCCCACCAGAAGAAACCUCUUCUUAUUAUUAAUUCCCUAACCAAUUGCAGAUAGUGCAGAUGGUCUUAAAGGAAAUGCCAGAGAACAAAGUUUUCUCUGAUCAAAGUAUCUUAAGAUGUGUCCAUCCUCAUUAGAUGCCAGCGAUAAAAAGGAACAAAAGUUUUUCUCAAAGAGUGAAAAGGAAAUGAGAUCAGUGAUGGCAGGUCUAAUUGUGGACAUGUUUGCUUCGACCUUACCAUGGACCACUCACUCAGUGGGUGCCAGACACAAUGCAGUGGCUUGGCGCAGGUUAUGUGAUUUUUUUUGAGAUGGAGUCUUGCUCUGUCACCUAGGCUGGAGUGCAGUGGCACGAUCUCGGCUCACUGCAACCUCCGUCUCCCAGGUUCAAGCGAUUCUUCCGCCUCAGCCUCCUGAGUAGCUGGGAUUACAGGCAUGUGCCACCAUGCCAGGCUAAUUUUUGUAUUUUUAGUAGAGAUGGGUUUUUGCCAUGUUGGCCAGGCUGGUCUAGAACUCCGAACCUCAAGUGAUCCGCCCACCUUGGCCUCCUAAAGUGUUGGGAUUACAGGCGUGAGCCACUGCUCCUGGACAGGUUAUGUGAUUUUAAAGUCCCACUGUAUUUUAUUAAGGAGUUGAUUGAACCUCAAGGAAGUAAAGCAACUUAUCCAGAACAUACAGCUACGAAGCUAGAAACUCAAGAUUCCAACGAGGUCCAUCCAAUUCCAAAAGCCCAGUGAACUUUCUGUUACUUUCUAUGGGAAGUUUUCAGGUUUAGCAUAAAGCAACAUUUCUUAAUUAUGAAUACAAUCUUAUGUAACCAAAUUGCACAUUAAAGGGUAGUCCUUUUGAUCCUUCUUUCCUCUUUUCUAAUAAUUUUUACAAGGCCUCAAAGGAAUAGAACUCUAAAUCUGUUUUAUUAAAUUGCUUUAGUUUUCAAACAAAAAUAGCUCCUGUUGGUUUAUCUUUAGCUGAUAACCUAAAAACAUUCCUUUUUUUAUCACUGUAAAAUAAUUUGUCUUUAAAAGGUAUUCUGUCUCCUCUUUAAUUUUAUGUUGAAAUAAAAUUUUUUGGUGUCCAGGGGAGUUGGCCAUUUUAGUGGCUGGUGUCUCAUCUGAGGUCAGAGGUGAGCCUUGCGACAUAGAAAUGAUGGGGGUGAAAAAGGAAAAGCUCACCUUCAAUAACUGAGCUAAGCAUGGUGGUGAGGAGCAUGGGCUUCAGAAUCUCUUGACCCUAGUGCCUUGCCAGUGCCUCAGUUUCCUCAUCUGCAAAACAACUGACAAGAUUAAGAGAAUUAAAUUAUAAUAGCUAUGCGUUAGUGGCAAGGCAGCAUGAAUAAUGGCUCUGAGCGUGAAUUCUGGGUUGAAUCUCUCUGGGCCUCAGUUUUCCACAUCUAUCUUUUUUUUUUUGAGAGGGAGUCUUGCUCUGUCACCCAGGCUGGAGUGCAGUAGCACGAUCUCGGCUCACUGCAACCUCCACCUCCAGGAUUCCAGUGAUUCUGCUGCCUCAGCCCCCUGAGUAGCUGAGAUUACAAGUGCCCGCCAUCACACCUGUCUAAUUUUUGUAUUUUAGUAGAGAUGGGGUUUCACCAUGUUGGUUGGGCUGGUCUCGAACCCCUUACCUCAAAUGAUCCACCCACCUCGGCCUCCCAAAUUGCUGGGAUUACAGGAGUGAGCCACUGUGCCCAGCACGUGUAGCUGUUGGUGCCUAUUAUUCCAGAACUCCAGAGGCAUGGAAUAAACGGGAUGUAAGGCAAAACCCACUCAUCUCCCAAAACUCAGGCCACCCACACGUGGGCCUGCACAAUGACAGCACAUUGAAGUGACCAAGGAAGUUUGAGUACCAUGGUUUGCUCUCAAGGAACUUAAAUCCUAAAACGUACAUGAAAUCCUGAGGGAAAAAGACCUCACAAAUAUACUACACAAUAGGAGUUAUUUCACCAGGUUAAUUGCCAGUGAGAAAUGCAAUGUUUCUAUUGGCAGAGCAAGACUUCCUUUAGCACCUGUGGCUGGCUGAAUAGUGGCCACCAAAGAUAUCAAGGUCCUGUUCCCUGGAACCUAUGAAUGUUGCUUUAGAUGGAAAAAGGUCUGCCUAUGUGACCAAAUUAAGGAUUUUGAGAUGUGAAGAUGGUUUUAGAUUACUCAGGUGGGCCCUAAAUGCAAUCUCAGGUGUUCUUGUAAGAGGGAGGCAGAGGGAGAUUUGAUACAGGAUGAGAAAGUGGUGUGGCCACAAGCCCAGGAAUGCCAGUGGCCACCAGAAGCUGGAAGAGGCAAGAAACAGGUCCUCCCUGGAGCCUCUGGAGAGAAUGCUGCCCUGCCAACAGCUUGCCUUUGGCUGUCUUGUCUGUUCUGUCCUGUCCUAUCCUGUUUCUUUUCUUUCUCUCUCUUUUUUUUGUUUUUUUGGAGAUGGAGUCUUGCUCUGUUGCCCGGGCAGGAAUGUGGUGGUGUGAUCUCAGUUCACUACAACCUCUGCCUCCCAGGUUCAAGUGAUUCUCCUUCCUCAGCCUCCCAAGAGCUGGAAUUACAGGCGUCCACCACCACACCCAGCGAAUUUUUGUAUUUUUAGUAGAGAUGGAGUUUCACCAUGUUGGCCAGGCAGGUCUCCAACUCCUGACCUCAAGUGCUCCUCCGACCUCGGGCUCCCAAAGUGCUGGGAUUACAGGCAUGAGCCACUGAGCCACCGUGCCUGGCCUCUUUCCCUUC